UGAAAGAACUGACAUGUAUUCCGUUCGUCUGCUGGAAUCACCCUGACUCUAACAGAGUAUGAAUUAGAAUACUGCAAAGCUUGAAAUUGCAAAUUAACACAUGGUUCUACAAAUUUCUGCAGAAAUAUGUCAUCUUUACCAUAUAUCAUCCUUGCUGCAGCCUACCUCUGUCUAAUUGUGGCUAUACCAGAUGACUGCUUUGAUCUUCAAAAUGAAAAUAACAUAUCAAUUCUUGAACACGAGGCAUUUAAGUUAACAAUGUUUUAUACAAGGGAUUUAUCAAACGCUGAUAAAAAUGAUUCCUUUAUAUUUCAAUGCAACAAGAAUACUGCUAUAAUCACUAAUCAAAGUUGGCAGAUGGAUUCAAAAGAACCUUUCCUUUGGUUUCUGCCUGCAUUACUGAGAGACUCUGGGACCUACAGUUGCUACUUGUGGAAUGCAACUUAUUGUGUCAUGGACAUUUUUCAUAUAGAAGUGCUUCAAUUACACCAUGAUCAGUGCUUUCAUGAGAAUUUACUUGAGUUGGAUCAGACGGAAUCUCCUGGUUCUAUACUGAUUCAUUGCUCAGAUAUAGAAGACUAUUUUCAACCAUUUUCAGUUCUGCAAUGGUUCAAGGAUUGUAUCCCUCUUACAAUUGACAAUAAAAAAUAUUUUAGUAAUGACAAUAAACUGACAAUCAACAAUGCAGACAAUGAAGAUAUUGGAUAUUACACGUGUAAACUUGAAUACAAGUAUCUUGGGAAGAAAUAUAAUGUAACAAGGACAACACAAUUAAAAAUGAAAGAGACAAUAAUCAAUCAAGUACAACCUGAAAUGAUAAGCCCUACAAAUGAAACAAUUGAAGCAAGACUUGGCUCAGAGCUAAAUAUGACCUGUGAAGUUCUUCUGGGAUCUGGUGAAGUGGCAGAAUUUUGGGAGCUUACCUGGAAAAUGAAUAACACUAAUAUUCCUGAAGAUAUGUUCAGAAUUAAGCAAGGAAACAAAAUUGACAAAAAAGAAGCUAAGCAUGCAGUAGUAUCUUUAAGAACCUUAUCUAUCUCCAGUAUCAUUGAAGAAGAUUUUCAAACCACAUUUGAAUGUUUUGCAUAUAACCCACGAGGCAAAAGCUAUGGCUUUAUAAAAAUUACACCUCAAUCCUCAAAUAGGAUACUUCAUGUGAUUAAGAUCUUUGUUCCAUUGAUUUUCAUGACUUUGGCCUGUACAACAAUCAGUAUGAUUUGCAAAGUGGACAUUGUCCUUUGGUAUCGUGACCUAUUUAAAUCCCACAAGGACAUUGAUGAUGGUAAGAUGUUUGAUGCAUAUGUCAUCUAUCCAAGAUAUGUGAAUGAAGGAUCUCUUGAUAACUGUAAUGCAAACCACUUUGCUCUCCACACUUUGCCAGAGACCCUUGAAGAAAAGUAUGGCUACAAACUGUUCAUUUCUGGCAGAGAUGAUCUUCCUGGUCAGGCCGAGGUUGAAGUUAUUGAAGCAAACAUAAGGAACAGCAGAAGGUUGAUAAUCAUUUUGGCUCAGAAGCCUUUGACUAGUGACCAAGCAUACUGUGGAUUUGAACAGCAGAUUGGAUUAUAUAAGGCUUUAAUCCAGAAUGAAAUAAAAGUCAUUCUAAUUGAAUUGGAGAAAGGUGAUUACUUGAAUCACUUUCCAGAAUCCAUAAGACACAUCAUUCAAAGAUAUGGUACUAUUAAAUGGAAACCAGAUAGAAGAAGCAAACUGAACAGCUCUUAUUCAAGGUUUUGGAAACAAGUGAGGUACAAAAUGCCAUUGAGAAGCAAGUCUUCUAUGUCUGCUGUGUACAACUCACAAAUAAAAUUCAAGCUGAGUGACAGGCAAUUACUCGGAAAAGAACAAACUUGAACCUCUCCUCGUUGACCUAAUGUACUUCUGCCAAGCUGGAAAAGAGAUACUGGCAUUACAUAGCAUUUCGAAAUGACAAGACAACAUAAAAAUUGACUUUGAUAUUUUUCUUGCUUUAGAUAGAGAAUUUAUGUAAUAUUUCAGUGCCUAUUAAAGUCCCCUUUUAAAUGAGUUUUAUUCAGACAUUUAUUACUGUUAAAUGUGUAAAGGUUUAUUUUCUAUGUAAGGAUCCCUGGCGUGAAAAUUUACUCACCAGAAGCAGAUAUUGGACUCUCAUGUGAACACAGCUCUUUAUUUUGCAAUUUAGGAGAAUUACCAAACACAAAAUUUUAGCAAUAAUCAGUGCUUAUUGCAUGUUAUUCAAAAAUUAGUUGUGCAUUCAUGUUUUUUUAAUCUGUUAAGUCUGUUCUUUUGAU